GUGCGCUUCGUGGCAUUACAUCACUUUAGGAGAAUGUGAUUGGCUGGGGAUCAAGGCGCCUGCAGUCCUGCACGUCUUCGCCAUAACAACCGAGACUGAGCUACCAGAUAUCAAAUGCAUCAAUUUCUAAAUAAAAACUGAAGGGAUUAACCUGGUUGACAUUCGACGCCUUGGCUGUGAAGAUGGCCGAAAGCGAAGUGGACACGCCGAGCACACCGAUAGAGUACGAGAGCAAAUACUUCGAGCAUCAUGGAGUUCGCCUUCCUCCUUUCUGUCGAGGGAAGAUGGAUGAGAUCGCUAACUUCUCCCUGAGAAGCAGUGACAUAUGGAUCGUUACUUAUCCAAAAUCAGGUACGAGUCUGCUGCAGGAGGUUGUGUAUUUAGUGAGCCAGGGGGCGGACCCAGAUGAAAUCGGACUCAUGAAUAUUGACGAGCAGCUUCCUGUUUUGGAGUAUCCUCAGCCUGGUUUAGAUAUUAUACAGGAGCUGACAUCACCGCGUCUGAUCAAAAGUCACCUGCCGUAUCGUUUCCUCCCGACGGCCAUGCAUAACGGCGAGGGCAAGGUUAUUUACAUGGCCAGGAAUCCUAAAGACCUGGUGGUCUCCUACUAUCAGUUUCAUCGCUCUUUAAGGACCAUGAGCUACCGCGGAACCUUUCAGGAGUUCUGUCGGCGCUUUAUGAAUGACAAGUUAGGAUACGGCUCCUGGUUUGAGCAUGUGCAGGAAUUCUGGGAACAUCGCAUGGACUCCAAUGUCCUCUUUCUAAAAUAUGAAGAUAUGUAUAAGGACCUGGGUACACUGGUGGAACAGUUGGCACGGUUCUUGGGUAUCUCCUGUGAUAAGGCUCAGUUGGAGAGCAUGGUGGAGAGCUGCAAUCAGCUGAUUGAGCAGUGCUGUAACUCAGAGGCUUUGUCCAUCUGCAGGGGUCGUGUCGGCCUGUGGAAGGACAUCUUCACUGUGUCAAUGAACGACAAGUUUGAUGCUGUGUACCGACAGAAGAUGGGGAAGUCUGACCUUACCUUUGAUUUCAGUCCGUGAGCGAACCACGCGGCCAACAGGACUCAACCGAUCAGACGAACCUGCUCUGCUUGACACUUUCUGCACUCGCUAGAACGGCCCCUCAUACACCUUUCACCUUUUCACCCUGCAUUUCCUUCCUUCCCUGUUAUACCUCUGGCCUGACUUAGUUUACGUGUUUAAGAAAAAAAAAUUAAAUAAAAAUUUACUCCUUGGUAGAAGAUUUGAAUCAGCACAUGUAACACAGCGAAAGGUAAAUUUGAUCCAAAGUCGAUAUGUUAAGAUAUUUUCCGCCUGGAGCUUCAUAUGAAGUGUGUUUGCAGUGUGUUUGUGUAAUCCAGUGCAUCAGCAAUGCUUUAAUGCUUUAGCCUGGUGACAAGUGUGUGUAAAAUGCUUGGUGCAUUACAUAUUGUAUAGAGCUCUUCUUAUAGUACCCAUUUAUGAAAUGUAUAUUUAUCAAAUAUGAAAAAUAUGUCAUUUAUAUUCUAUACACUACAACCUCAUUACAAAGUCUGAAAGAGAUCCGGAAACGGUUUCAGUUUGCUUGAUUUCUUAGCUUUUCAUAAAAUAAUUGGCAAGAUGAUGUAUGAAUACAGUUAAUUACGGGUCUGUGUCUUGGCACUCUAAAGUCUGACGGAUUUACAGAUUUGUAAAGUUGAUCACAGUUUGUUUCUCCCGAGAACACUUAUACUCUGAUUUAUGUUUGCUGAAGUGAAGUAUUACAGAUUAAGUUUCUACACAUGUGCAUGCAUACUUAACAGUUUACUCUGUGUGUGUGUAUGUGUGUGUGUGUGUAUGUGUGUGUGUGUGUGUGUACCUAUGAGAGGCAUUGAAACUUUUAAGCAAUAUUUUAUUAUAUAUUGUGCACGCUCCGUGCUGAUAAAGUCAGGAUAACGCUUUCUGCUCCAAGCUUUCCAAGCAUCCCCACUUCACUUCCUUUAUGUGGCUGAAAGAUUAGAACUGAUAACGCAGGAGUGGACAAAUCAUGAACUGAUUCAAUAAAUAAUUAAUUAAUUAGUGGGCUUGCAAGGUAUGACUUAAAGAGAACAAUUCAAUAUAUAGAAAAAUUAAGCACUUUGGCUACAAAUAGGAAAAUGACAUGAGAGCUUUACAUUACACUUUAUUUCUCUGUUGUGAGACUUCAGAAUAGUUAUAUAAUAAAAGUUAAUAAAUCAAAAUAGAUGCAUAUCUUGCAACUUUUAAAAAUAAUGUAAUGUCUUACAACAAUAUAACAACUAAUAUAUAUAACAAAAAAAAUCAAGAUAAGUCAAAACAAUGACCUUACAGUAUGUCUUUAAAUGAGAUC